ACGGACCGAUUGCGUUGGUGCUGCAGCUCCCCGCGCUUCUCCCUCCCUCUGCUCCUCUCAACCUCCAAGCUAUUCCCCCUGUCCCAUACUAAAUGCCUCCUUUCUUCUCCUACACCACCCUCCCCUACCAGCUCACGGAGGGCCCUUACCCCAUGUGCGAGUUCUCGGAGUAUUUGGUGGAGCUAACUGACGUGGAGCCGCUGCCCUUCGCCGACGAAGACACGUGGGAGUUGCACCGUGCGUUGUAUAAGUCGGUGGCGCUGGGGAUGUUCCGGUUCUUCAUGGAUCACGAAGACCACGCUAUCGAGGAGCACUUUGUCGUUUACUACAUCAUCACGCGGCCCAAGCCUGCGGGGAAGGAAGGGACGGUGGCGCUGUACCCCUUCGCCCCACUCCAGACAUUUGAUUCGGGAUUGUUAGAGCUCAUACAUCUUGAGCUCCUCUCCAUUGCGCAAGUGAUCGCGAGCAAGGAGGAGGAGAUCCAACCACGAUUGCGGACGGCGACGGCCCCGCAGAAAACAUACAACGCGGUCGUCAUCCCGGAUUACAUUGCGCAGCGCGCGCAGAGAUUGGAGGACUUCCCGGAGGAAAGGCCAUUGCGUCCUCCCUCGUCGUAUCCUCGACCAGCGCCACCGAAAGCCCCCAAGAAGAUACCGAAGAGGAAGAAACGCCACCCGUCGCCAGGAGCGCAAGGCAGCAGGAUCGGCGGCGGCGGGGAGGUGGUUCAGCCCACGCGUACGCGGAUUUAUGACCCUGUGCCUGGGAGCGCGGCGAUGCUCGUUAAAGAGACUAUCGUGCCAUCGCCGCCAAUUCCGCAUGUGCCCGAUCUCAAUCUUGAUGGAGUCGGGCCAUCAUCAGCAGCAGCAGCCGGAGGAGGAAGCCGAAUGGGAUUUCCGGAUCCCAUAUCCAGACCCCCCGUCCUCGCGGGACCUCUCCUGUCCAUUGCUGGGGGCGUCCGGUCGAGUGUUGGGCGAGUUCACUCCACGAGGAUGACUGCGAUGUCUGAGGUGGUCCAUGUGCGUGGAGUGGGUGAUGGGGAUGACGUCGGGGCCGGGUGGUCCGCUGUGGAGAGGGCUACCGUGACGUCUGCCGUAGCCGCCGUCAUCAUGCAUUGCGACAUGGAGGUCGAAGGUCAACGGCGCUGGGCACGACUACGUGCCCGGAGAAGGAAGUUGAUGCCGGUGGCGACAACUGAAACGUUGGAUAGCGCUGCCAUCUGUGAUGCCGUGUUGGAGGUGUGCUGUGCACUGGGAUGUGGGGGACUACCGAGGGCGACGCCGAGGUGGUGGGCGUCGGGCGAGAUAUACGAGAGCAGCAGCUGCAGCUUUGGGAUUGGCAGGGCUUUAGGUUUGGUGGCCGUCCGGGACGUUACUGCUGCGCUACUUGCGGUGUACAGGGAGAAGGUGGCGUGGCCGCCUGGGGUGCGGAAGGCGAUCGUUCUGCGUGCUUUUGCAGACAAGGGUUUUCCGAACUGCCAUGGGUGCAUCGAAUGCACCCAUAUCUACGUGGACAAGCCGGCGAAUGCACCUGCAGAAGACUACUACGACCGCAAGAGACGCUUCUCUGUCGUUGCUCAAGUGGUGGUCGACUUGGACUUGCGCAUCCUGGACAUGUUUGUGGGAUAUCUGGGGAGCUGCCACAACGUCCGGAUCAUCCAUCUCUCCACUCUAUGGUCGCGGGCGGCGGCGGGAGAGUUGUUUACAGGGCCUCCUGUGCUGCUACCGUUCCAAGUGCAGACGAAUGGUUAUUUGCUGGCCGGCAAUGGUUACCCGCCGAGCGAAUGGAUGGUUGUCCCGUUUGGCGGCGUGGUGCAGCAUCCCCUGGAGAGUUGUUUCGACAGCAAGCAGAAGACCGCGAGGGGGGAAGUGGAGAGGGCGUUCGGGAGACUGAAAGGAAUGUGGCGCUUGUUCCUAGGCUCACACAAGACCAACAUGGAGACCUUGCCCCAGCAGUUCGUGGCCGUCUGCAUCUUGCACAACAUCUUGAUCGACGCCGGCAUCCCUUUCGACGAGAACUUGUUGUGGGAGGUUGACGCCAAUGGAGUUCGCGGUCAGGUGGAUCUCGGGAUCCAUCGCCCCCCCAGGUCGUUGUGCAUGGGAACUUCUACGGGGAAGGCGAUCAUGCUGCAGCAGGCGCUGGCGGAGCGAAUGAUGCGGCGAUGACGGCAGAGGGACCUCGUGAGGCGGCGGGAGCUGCGGGCCGUGUAUGAUGGAGGAACGUUUGACGGCGGCAGUGGGAGGAAGCAGUGUGUGGAGAGACGACGGGCGCAGUACAUGUGCCAUGCCGUCCAAUUUUCGGUCAGCAGUGAGGGACGCAGAGCGGAGAGCGACAGUCAUGCCUCGUAGUCCCCGCGCCAUAUAUCGUCCGUUUUAGAGUUUGUUGGAAGUUUUUCCUUUUCGUUUUUCGAUCCGCGGCUUCGGGCUGGUGCGUUGAUAGUGCGGCGUUCCCUAUUAGUGUGGGCGAGUCGUUGGGCGGCGGAAGCGGCGGCGGUGGCCGGUUAGUGUGAUUAGUAGACGGCAUUGAGAUGGAGUUGUUGUCUAUCUCGAGCGGCAGUCGUGUGCAUCUCUUGGGGCUUGUUCGGGACGUCCUACGGAGAGCAAUCAUGUCGGCAGUGUGUUUUUAUAAUUCGCAAGAGUUUGGUGAUUGUUGGGUUGUGAUCGGAAAGUGUUAUUGGUUGUUGGCGACUGUUUUCCUUCCUCUCCUACGCACUCCCUGCUGCAUGGAUGGAAUGCUGACGUGUGAAAAAAAUAAGUCUGCGAGCGCAAUCAAAUGGUGUUUACAUG